CACUUAUGUGGGUAUCGAAGAGACGUUGGAUGUCAUUGCGAUCCCCAAAUCAUUCGUUCUUUGGAAAUACUUUGCUGUUAUCAAGCAACUCAACUCGAGGCCGUUUGCUUGGAUCUUGAACCUCUGGCAUU